AUGAUGACCAUGCUGGUCUCGCAACCCGAGGAUGGCCGCCUUGCCUACGGCUUCAUCCAGAAAACCCUCGGUCUGACCGCCGGCAACCUGACGAUACACCUGCGCAAGUUGGAGGAUGCCGGCUUCCUGGUAAAAACCAAGGAAUUCCUGGACGCAAAGCCGCGAACCUGGGUGGAGGCGACCCCAGCAGGCCGCGCCGCCUUCACCGAAUAUCUCUCAAAUCUGCAUAGGGUGCUCAACUGGCCGUCCAUGUAG